UUUCUCCAGUCGUACUCUUGAUUUCACUAAGUAGUGCAGCCAGCCAGAUGCCUAUGAAGAACUGCUACGCAGGACUUUACAUGAAGGUGCCACCCAGACCAGGCUGAUCCUCGCCCUGCUCAUCCUAAUCAUUGCAGCUUUUGCUCGACACCAGUUAAAGCUUCUUCAGUUUUCUGCAAUGGCCCGCAUCCACUCGAUCCUCACGACCGGCAUGGUGCUCCUAGCGACGCUGCUGUCUAGCGUCGUCCACGCCGCAGACGACCAGGCGCUGCCCUGGGACGGCACCUUCCAGGACCUGGCUGUCGAUACGCUCACAGACAAGUAUCUGACGCAUAUCCUGACCAACCGCCAGAAUGGCACUGUGAGCCCGGACCAGUGGGUUACCAUCACCCAGAAGGGCCGCUCGCCCGCCUUCAACGGCGACACGGGCGUUGCCACGCUGGCCGUGGAUUCCGAGGCCAUUUUCGGCGGUCAGACUAAUUUCCGUCGCUCCGAAUUGGUGCAGGACGUCGCUGGAAACACGGCCGGCACCACCUUCUUCCGCGUGAGUCUGAUGAAGGAGGAGGCCUACGUUAACCUGUAUUCAUGGCAAGUUGUCUUCCCCGAGUCGCACCUGUUCGAGAUCCGCAUCGACGCGUCCGUGGACCCGGUACUGCUCGUCUGGUACACUGGCGGCAGCACCGAGACCCGCUGGUCGACGGAGUUCAAGACCGAGACCUGGUACAAUUUCGGCAUCGCCGUGUCUUCGGGAGAGUUGGCGCUCUACUUCAGUGAAGGUGACGACGCCCUGGCACUCACCAAGACCGAGACCUACAACGGAGCCGUCCCCACGGACUACGAGUUCCACUUUGGUCAGCUCACGCUCUCGAACGACGGCAGUGCUGUCAAAAUGGCGGACAAGCAGGACAUACUGUCGUUUAACGGCGUGACGGUCGAGAACGGCAUCCCCAGCGACCUCGGCUCCACUUCGAGCGUCGCCGGUUCCAGCACGGGCAGCGAGAGCACGUCAACGUCAGCCAACACACCAGCUCCCGUGGCCACCACAGCUACUCCUACUGUAACUACGGCGGCUCCGUCGACGGAGACGAGCGAAGACGAUGCGGCUAGCGAGGCCGAAGCUAGCGAAGCCGAUGCUAGCGAAGUUGAAGAGACCACAGAAGCACCCACCGUGACCACCGCUGUACCAGCGACUGAGGCGCCAUCAACUGACCAGAACUCUGAUACCGAUGCCCCUGCUACCAACGACACGCCAACGACCAGCACUUCUGGCUGCAAGGCUCGCCGGUACUAGAAUGGAAACGGGUAACAUAACAUUUGUUUAGUUGCGUAAUAAAUUUCUAGUUCCUGUC